AUGGAAGGUGAAGACUCCUACUCCAUUUCCCAGGAAACCAUCAGCCGCCUUUCGCCUGCCGACCAGCGCGGCCUCCAAGAAUUCAUUCAGGCUGAGAACCAAAAGAAUCAGGUGCAAGCUGAUCCGCUGUUCGACUUCCCUGGUCGUUGCUUGUCGCGCACCGACCGCACACUUCCUGUCAACCCGAUGAAGUGCGUUACUUCCAUAUCGGGGGGCGGCCUGGUCACCAAAGAACAAGGCUGCAUGCAGAGUUGCGUCGAUCGAUUCAUGGACUCCAAUCUAGCUGUGUUGAAGCACUUGGAACAAUUGCGCGCAAGCCAGUGA